GUAGAUCCAGGCCAGUUUACAGGCGCUCUUGAGCUGUGCUCGUGGUUUUGCUAGGCUAAUCGCUUAGCAUUAGCUGUAGCGCUGUUGUGUUGUGUUGUUUAUUCGCGCGUUUGAUUAAAUGCAGACGGUUCAGCCCGAGUCUGUGCAGCAGCUGAGGGAAUAAAACCGAGUCUCAGUGCCGGAGGAGAAGUUUAUGAGUUCAGAAUGAGUGUUGAGCCGAGCUGAUUAGCGGAAGUGCUAACGUGAUUAGCUGCAUUGCGGUUCUGUGAAAGCUCUUCUGUGUGGUUUUCCAGGUGAGAUGGAGAACUACAGGAAAGCGGGCGUGGUCGAGCAGCCGUGUCUCUGCCCGUUUACUGACGACCUCCAGGAUGGCUCUCCUGUGGUCCGGGUUCGAGAUGGCAGCAAAAUCCGUAACCUGAUGCGGUUUGCUCAGAGCCGGAUGGAAGGCAAAGUGGAGAAGCCGCUGGAGAGCGGAGGCAGUCGAGAGGAAGCGGAACCGCAGGUGUGUCGUCAGAUCGUGUUCACGGGCGUCGGCCCGAGCGUCUCCAAGGCCAUCACCUGCGUAGAGAUCCUGAAGCGGCGAAUGGGAGGGCUGCACCAGGUCACGCGGCUGAUCUACAGCUCACUGCAGGAGACGUGGGAGCCUCUGGAGCCGAGCGCCGGCCUCGACAGCAUCACCGUGACCCGGAACAUCCCCGCCAUCUGGGUGCUGCUCUCCAGAGACCCACUGGACUCCAACACAGCCGGAUACCAGGCGCCAGGGAGCUUCAACGCACUCUGGGCACAGGCCAGCGCUAAGGAGGAGCGAGAGAAUCAGAGGAGGAAGAGUGGAGGAGGAAGAGGAAGUGGAAGAGGAAAAGGACCUCGCAGACAGAUGACUCGCCCCAGAGAGGAACGGAAACCUUCAGGACAAGCAUCAGGAGCACAGUGAGGCUACCACCACCAGGUUUUACCCAGAGCUAACCGUGAUCAGCCAAUCAGAGCAGAGAUUAAACAUCACAGGAGUCGCUAAAUAUCUGGAGUGGUCGUGAAUUUGUGUAGCUCUGUAACAUCAGACUGUUUAGGCUGCAGAAGUCUCAUCUCAUUAUCUGUAGCCGCUUUAUCCUGUUCUACAGGGUCGCAGGCGAGCUGGAGCCUAUCCCAGCUGACUACGGGCGAAAGGCGGGGUUCACCCUGGACAAGUCGCCAGGUCAUCACAGGGCUGACACAUAGACACAGACAACCAUUCACACUCACAUUCACACCUACGCUCAAUUUAGAGUCACCAGUUAACCUAACCUGCAUGUCUUUGGACUGUGGGGGAAACCGGAGCACCCGGAGGAAACCCACGGGGAGAACAUGCAAACUCCACACAGAAAGGCCCUCGCCGGCCACGGGGCUCGAACCCGGACCUUCUUGCUGUGAGGCGACAGCACUAACCACUACACCACCGUGCCGCCCCGGCUGCAGAAGUAAAUAAAAAAAAUUUAAGUGAUGUUAUGAUCUGGUUUGUGAUUUAACCCCUCGUUAAGCUCCGCCCCAUCAUAUAGCAACAUCUGCAUAUUUAAAUCAGGACAUGAGCGAGGUUUUGGCUAAACUGGGUGUAAAAUAACACUUUAAAAAUGAAUUUUUUUAUUAUUAUUUCAGAGUUAAGUAUUUCUUUAUUAGUUCAUUAAAAAGAGGAAAAAUCCUUUGUUUUUAGUUUUCAGGGGGUUUAAUUGACAAACCAAACAGAAAAUGAUUAUAAUUUGUGUUUCGCUUCCUGAAUGUGGUGACAGGUUAAAAGUGUGAAGAUUUAAGAUUUACAUCAGACUAAAGUGCAGCUUUUUUCAUCUUUAUUUCUGCUUUUGAAGGCAAAUA